CCUCACCUUUCACAAAGGGUAGAAGAAAACUACUCUCUCCCUCUCUGAAACACGCAUAGAAGAGACAUACCAUACACGGACAGUACCCAAUAGUCAUGGCUAAAUUUAGAUUAUUAAUGCUGGCGUUUUUCGUGGUGCUGAGUGUAUCUUCGGGUCAAGGUAGUGGAAGGGGGAGGGAGAUGGUGCCUGCCAUGUUCAUCUUCGGAGACUCUCUCAUUGACAAUGGCAACAACAACAACCUACCUUCCUUUGCCAAGGCCAACUAUUUCCCUUACGGUAUUGAUUUCAAGGGUGGCCCUACUGGCCGUUUCUCCAAUGGCUACACUAUGGUCGAUGAAAUAGCUGAGCUGCUUGGACUUCCAUUGAUUCCCGCAUACUCAGAAGCUUCAGGUGAACAAAUGCUUCACGGAGUCAACUAUGCCUCCGCGGCUGCCGGAAUCCUCGACAUCACUGGCAGAAACUUUGUGGGUCGCAUACCGUUCAAUCAACAGAUAAGAAAUUUCGAGAACACGCUAGAUCAGAUAACAGACCGUCUCGGGGCCGAUGAUGUGGCCCGGGAGAUCGGCCGGUGCAUAUUUUUCGUUGGGAUGGGCAGCAAUGACUACCUAAACAAUUACCUCAUGCCCAAUUACCCCACCAAGAAUCAGUAUAAUGCACAACAAUAUGCUAAUCUCUUGGCUGGACAGUACUCCCAGCAACUCACUAGACUUUACAAUCUUGGAGCCCGGAAAUUUGUUGUAGCUGGGCUUGGGUUAAUGGGCUGCAUUCCGAGCAUCUUGGCUCAAAGCCCAACAGGGACUUGCUCAAAAGAAGUCAACGAUCUUGUUCAACCUUUUAAUGCAAAUGUGAAGACAAUAAUCAACAACCUCAGCGCCAAUCUACCUGGAGUCAGAUUCUCUUUCAUCGACGUUGCCCGCAUGUUCGAAGACAUCGCCGCCAAUGCUAGAACUUAUGGAUUUGUUGUCCUAAAUCGUGGGUGCUGUGGCAUCGGGCGAAACAGAGGACAGAUUACAUGUCUUCCGUUCCAAACACCAUGUCGAAACCGCAACCAGUAUGUAUUCUGGGACGCAUUCCACCCAACAGCAAAAGUUAAUAUAAUCAUGGCUAGGAAGGCUUUCAGUGGAGACCAAAGGUUCAUUUAUCCGAUGAACAUAGAGCAGCUUGCAAAUCUUGAUAAUGAGGCUAAGUAAUAAGAGUUUAGAAAUUGAAAUAACUAAAACAAGUCAAAAGAACUGUUGUGGGUGUAGUGCUAGCUAUAUGUAAUUGCAUCUGCUUUGAGUUGGUUUUGAUGUUA